GUCUAUGGGACCCGGCUUGGAUUUGCGGCUGCUUGCAGCAGCUGCCAGCACUGCUGCCGCCAUCAUGUCAGACACAGACAGCGACGAAGAUUCUGCUGGAGGCGGGCCGUUUUCUUUAACCGGUUUUCUUUUUGGCAACAUCAAUGGAGCUGGGCAACUGGAAGGGGAGAACGUCUUGGAUGAUGAGUGUAAGAAGCACUUGGCAGGCUUGGGGGCUUUGGGUCUGGGCAGCCUGAUCACUGAACUCACGGCAAAUGAAGAAUUGACUGGGACGGACGGUGCCUUGGUAAAUGAUGAAGGAUGGAUCAGGAGUACAGAAGAUGCUGUGGACUAUUCAGACAUCAACGAGGUAGCAGAAGAUGAAAGCCGAAGAUAUCAGCAGACAAUGGGGAGCUUGCAGCCCCUUUGCCACUCAGAUUAUGAUGAAGAUGACUAUGAUGCUGAUUGUGAAGAUAUUGAUUGCAAGUUGAUGCCUCCCCCACCUCCACCCCCAGGACCACUGAAGAAGGAUAAGGACCAAGAUGCUAUUACUGGUGUGUCUGAAGAUGGAGAAGGCAUCAUCUUGCCCUCCAUCAUUGCCCCUUCCUCUUUGGCCUCAGAGAAAGUGGACUUCAGUAGUUCCUCUGACUCAGAAUCUGAGAUGGGACCUCAGGAAGCAACACAGGCAGAAUCUGAGGAUGGGAAGCUGACUCUACCGUUGGCCGGGAUUAUGCAGCAUGAUGCCACCAAGCUGUUGCCAAGUGUCACAGAACUUUUCCCAGAAUUUCGGCCUGGAAAGGUACUACGCUUUCUACGUCUUUUUGGACCAGGGAAGAAUGUCCCAUCUGUUUGGCGGAGUGCUCGGAGAAAGAGGAAAAAGAAACACCGUGAGCUGAUACAGGAAGAGCAGAUCCAGGAGGUGGAAAGCUCAGUAGAAUCAGAAGUUAACCAGAAGUCUUUGUGGAACUACGACUAUGCUCCACCACCACCUCCAGAGCAAUGUCUCUCUGAUGAUGAAGUAGGCAAAAGAGACCUGGGAUUAAGGCCCACGAGGGGAGCAAAUGAGUUCUCCCUAGCUUAUGUCUGUUUUGCAGCCACUCUGGAUGAUGACAAACCUUGGUAUUCUAUUUUUCCCAUUGACAAUGAGGAUCUGGUGUAUGGACGCUGGGAGGACAAUAUUAUUUGGGAUGCUCAGGCCAUGCCCCGGCUGUUGGAGCCUCCUGUUUUGACACUUGAUCCCAAUGAUGAGAAUCUUAUUUUGGAAAUUCCUGAUGAGAAGGAAGAGGCCACCUCUAACUCUCCCUCCAAGGAGAAUAAGAAGGAAUCAUCUUUGAAGAAGAGUCGAAUUCUCUUAGGGAAAACAGGAGUCAUCAAGGAGGAACCCCAGCAGAACAUGUCUCAGCCAGAAGUGAAAGAUCCAUGGAAUCUCUCCAAUGAUGAGUAUUACUACCCCAAGCAACAGGGUCUUCGAGGCACCUUUGGAGGGAAUAUUAUCCAGCAUUCAAUUCCUGCUGUGGAAUUACGGCAGCCCUUCUUUCCUACGCAUAUGGGGCCUAUCAAACUCCGGCAGUUCCAUCGCCCACCUCUGAAAAAGUACUCCUUUGGGGCACUAUCUCAGCCAGGUCCCCACUCAGUCCAGCCUUUGCUAAAGCACAUCAAAAAGAAGGCCAAGAUGAGAGAACAAGAGAGGCAAGCUUCAGGUGGUGGAGAGAUGUUUUUUAUGCGCACACCUCAGGACCUCACAGGCAAAGAUGGAGAUCUUAUUCUUGCAGAAUAUAGUGAAGAAAAUGGGCCCUUAAUGAUGCAGGUUGGCAUGGCAACGAAGAUAAAGAACUACUAUAAACGGAAACCUGGAAAAGAUCCUGGAGCACCAGAUUGUAAAUAUGGGGAAACUGUUUAUUGUCAUACAUCUCCCUUCCUAGGCUCUCUCCAUCCUGGGCAAUUAUUGCAGGCAUUUGAGAACAACCUUUUUCGUGCUCCAAUUUAUCUUCAUAAAAUGCCAGAAACUGACUUCCUGAUUAUUCGGACAAGACAGGGUUACUAUAUUCGGGAAUUAGUAGAUAUUUUUGUGGUUGGCCAGCAGUGCCCCUUGUUUGAAGUUCCUGGGCCCAACUCCAAAAGGGCCAAUACACAUAUUCGAGACUUUCUGCAGGUUUUUAUUUACCGCCUUUUCUGGAAGAGUAAAGAUCGGCCACGACGGAUCCGAAUGGAAGAUAUAAAAAAAGCCUUUCCUUCCCAUUCAGAAAGCAGCAUCCGAAAGAGGCUAAAGCUCUGCGCUGACUUCAAACGCACAGGGAUGGACUCAAACUGGUGGGUGCUGAAGUCUGAUUUUCGUUUACCAACUGAAGAGGAGAUCAGAGCUAUGGUGUCACCAGAGCAGUGCUGUGCUUAUUAUAGCAUGAUAGCUGCAGAGCAGCGACUGAAGGAUGCUGGCUAUGGUGAGAAGUCCUUUUUUGCUCCAGAAGAAGAAAAUGAGGAAGAUUUUCAGAUGAAGAUUGAUGAUGAGGUUCGCACUGCUCCGUGGAAUACCACAAGGGCCUUCAUUGCUGCCAUGAAGGGCAAGUGUCUCCUAGAGGUGACUGGGGUGGCAGAUCCCACAGGGUGUGGUGAAGGAUUCUCCUAUGUGAAGAUUCCAAACAAACCAACACAGCAGAAGGAUGAUAAGGAGCCUCAGCCAGUGAAGAAGACAGUGACAGGAACUGAUGCAGACCUCCGUCGCCUUUCCUUGAAAAAUGCCAAGCAGCUUCUACGUAAAUUUGGUGUGCCAGAGGAAGAGAUUAAAAAGUUAUCCCGCUGGGAAGUGAUUGAUGUGGUGCGCACAAUGUCAACAGAACAAGCUCGCUCUGGAGAGGGGCCCAUGAGUAAAUUUGCCCGUGGAUCAAGGUUUUCUGUGGCGGAACAUCAGGAACGUUAUAAAGAAGAAUGUCAGCGCAUCUUUGACCUACAGAACAAGGUUUUGUCAUCAACUGAAGUCUUAUCAACUGACACGGACAGCAGCUCAGCUGAAGAUAGUGACUUUGAAGAAAUGGGAAAGAACAUCGAGAACAUGUUGCAGAAUAAGAAAACCAGCUCUCAGCUAUCCCGUGAGCGAGAGGAGCAGGAGCGGAAGGAACUACAGCGGAUGCUACUCGCAGCAGGCUCAGCAGCAUCAGGAAACAAUCACAGAGAUGAUGAUACAGCUUCUGUGACUAGCCUUAACUCUUCUGCCACUGGCCGCUGUCUAAAGAUUUAUCGCACAUUUCGAGAUGAAGAGGGGAAAGAGUACGUUCGCUGUGAGACGGUCCGAAAACCAGCUGUCAUUGAUGCCUAUGUGCGCAUACGGACCACAAAAGAUGAGGAAUUCAUUCGAAAAUUUGCCCUUUUUGAUGAACAGCAUCGAGAAGAGAUGCGAAAAGAGCGGCGGAGGAUUCAAGAACAACUGAGGCGGCUUAAGCGGAACCAGGAAAAGGAGAAGCUUAAGGGUCCUCCUGAGAAGAAGCCCAAAAAAAUGAAGGAGCGUCCUGACUUAAAACUGAAAUGUGGUGCAUGUGGUGCCAUUGGGCACAUGAGGACAAACAAAUUUUGCCCCCUCUAUUAUCAAACAAAUGCUCCGCCUUCCAACCCUGUUGCCAUGACAGAGGAGCAAGAGGAGGAGUUGGAAAAGACAGUCAUUCAUAAUGAUAAUGAAGAACUUAUCAAGGUUGAAGGGACCAAGAUUGUCUUGGGGAAACAGUUAAUUGAGAGUGCAGAUGAGGUUCGAAGAAAAUCUCUGGUUCUCAAGUUCCCUAAACAGCAACUUCCUCCCAAGAAGAAACGGCGAGUUGGAACCACUGUUCAUUGUGACUAUUUGAAUAGACCUCAUAAGUCUAUCCACCGGCGCCGGACAGACCCUAUGGUGACAUUGUCAUCCAUCUUGGAGUCUAUCAUCAAUGACAUGAGAGAUCUUCCAAAUACAUACCCUUUCCACACUCCAGUCAAUGCAAAGGUUGUAAAAGACUACUACAAAAUCAUCACUCGACCAAUGGACCUACAAACACUUCGUGAAAAUGUGCGUAAACGCCUCUACCCAUCUCGGGAAGAGUUCAGAGAGCAUUUGGAGCUAAUUGUGAAAAAUAGUGCAACCUACAAUGGGCCAAAGCACUCGUUGACCCAGAUCUCUCAAUCCAUGCUGGAUCUCUGUGAUGAAAAACUCAAAGAGAAGGAAGACAAAUUGGCUCGCUUAGAGAAAGCUAUCAACCCCUUGCUGGAUGAUGAUGACCAAGUGGCAUUUUCUUUCAUUCUGGACAACAUCGUCACCCAGAAAAUGAUGGCAGUUCCAGAUGUAAGUGGUCUCUGUGCUAAAUAUUGGCCUGAGAGUCAGUAUACUAAGACUGCCCAGGAGAUUGUGAACGUCUGUUACCAGACAUUGACUGAGUAUGAUGAGCAUUUGACUCAACUUGAGAAGGAUAUUUGUACCGCUAAAGAAGCAGCUUUGGAGGAAGCAGAAUUAGAAAGCCUAGACCCAAUGACCCCAGGGCCCUACACACCUCAGCCUCCUGAUUUGUAUGAUACCAAUACAUCCCUCAGUAUGUCUCGAGAUGCCUCUGUAUUUCAAGAUGAGAGCAAUAUGUCUGUCCUGGAUAUUCCCACUGCCACUCCAGAAAAGCAGGUAACACAGAUGCGCCAGGGCCGAGGUAGGCUGGGCGAGGAAGACUCUGAUGUAGAUAUUGAAGGGUAUGAUGAUGAGGAGGAGGAUGGGAAACCUAAGACUCCAGCCCCAGAAGGUGAAGAUGGAGAUGGUGAUCUUGCAGAUGAAGAGGAAGGAACUGUGCAACAGCCUCAAGCCAGUGUACUAUAUGAGGAUUUGCUUAUGUCUGAAGGAGAGGAUGAUGAGGAAGAUGCUGGGAGUGAUGAAGAAGGAGAUAAUCCUUUCUCUGCUAUCCAGCUGAGUGAAAGUGGAAGUGACUCUGAUGUGGGAUCUGGUGGGAUAAGACCCAAACAGCCCCGCAUGCUUCAGGAGAACACAAGGAUGGGCAUGGAAAAUGAAGAAAGUAUGAUGUCCUAUGAGGGAGACGGUGGGGAGGCUUCCCAUGGUUUGGAGGAUAGCAACAUCAGUUAUGGGAGCUAUGAGGAGCCUGAUCCCAAGUCGAACACCCAAGACACAAGCUUCAGCAGCAUCGGUGGGUAUGAGGUAUCAGAGGAGGAAGAAGAUGAGGAGGAAGAGCAGCGCUCUGGGCCAAGUGUACUAAGCCAGGUCCACCUGUCAGAGGACGAGGAGGACAGUGAGGAUUUCCACUCCAUUGCUGGGGACAGUGACUUGGACUCUGAUGAAUGAGGCUUCCUUUGGGCCUCCUUGGUCAGCCUUCCCUGUUCUCCAGCCUAGGUGGUUCACCUUUCCCCAAUUUGUUUAUAUUUGUGCAGUGUCUAAUCAUGAAAUCACCAGAUUAACUAACACCUUAGCCUUUAAAAAAAUAGUAAGUAAAUGAUAAUAAAUCACCUCUCCUGAUCUUCAUGGGGCAAUGUUACCCUUCCUUUUAGCAACCCCCUUCCCCCACCACUACGAAAAAGAAAGAGCGAGCUCAUUCUUCUCCUGUUUCCCUUUAACUCCAUUUAUUGCUCUUGGUAUAAUUUUUCCCUGGGGAAGGAGGAGAAAUUAUGAAAGGACUAAUAACUUUAUGUCCUCUUGAUGUAGUAGAUAUUUUCCAAGCAUGGUAUCGUCUCAGCUUUCUAAUUUUCAGGCUGGAACAGGUGAGAACCCUCCCUGCUGGGACAGAGAAUUGGGUUCUGAUGGACUCUGUGCCACACUAAAAAACAAACCUAUUGGACAAACUGCCCGUUAUUUUAUUAUUUAUUUGAUUAUACAAUGCCUUGUUCCAAAAUGGAUUUGAGGCAAGUGACUAUAAAUCUUUGAAACAGCCUAUUUGUCAGAAAUGAUGUGUUGCCAUGUAAAUGUGUUCUCUCCCUCCCCCCCAAGGGAAAUGGUAGGAAAAUGGUAAGUUUCUUAGGGCAAAGACUGUGUCUUUUGUUUCUUUUCAUGCUUAGGAUAUGGUUCUGUGCAUAGUAGGUACUCAGUAAAUGUUCCUAAAAUCACAAAAUCCUCAGUAGAUGUUACUGAACGUCUGCUUCAUGAUAAGCACUCUACCAGAUCCUUGGGGUGCAAAGGUAAAUAAGACACAUCUCUUUUACCCAAAGAGCUUACCAUGAAGUUGGGGAAGGGGGAGUGGAAUUCAAAACAUGUUAAUAAAUCAUUAUAGUACUGUGAGAUAAGUGCAAUUAAGAAGCUAGCUGUAAAGUAUAGGGGAAAAUAGAGGAGUGAUCAUGUCUGAAAAAAAGUCAGGGAAGUCUUCCUAGAGGUAAUUUUUAAGCUGAUUGUUGAAGAAUUAGUAGGAGCUUGCCAGAUGGAAAAGUCCAGGCAGAGUGUAACAUGAAGUAAAAAGGCCAAAGUCUAGAAAUGGCAGAGUGUGUUCCUAGUUUGUUUGUUUGUUUGUUUGUACCUGCCUUGUUCCAGAAAGGAUUUAAGAUGGUUUAUGUGCUAGGCUGUUAUUGCUGGAAUGGCUAGAGAUGAGACUAAAAGAUAGGAAGCAUAUAAUCAAGAGCAUUUGAUACUAAUGAGUGUGAAUUUUAUAUUAUGGGAAAUAAGCUCUAGAAGAGUGAAAUAAUCAGGUUUGUGUUUUAGAAAUUUUCUAUAUGUUCAAUGAAUGAAGAAAGAAAUUGAAGAAUCAACGAUAUGUAACAAGACGUGUGAUUCCCGUUUUUGUAAAAGACAAAACCAUGUGUGUUUAUUUAUGUGUGUUUAUAUAUACUUGCACAUGCGAAGGAAAAAGGUCUGAAAGGAUGUAAACUAAACUGUUCACAAUGAUAACCUCUGGGGAAUGGGAUUGGAGGGAAGGGGGUUUAUGUGCUUGUAUGUAUACUGGGUGGGGUAUUGUGCUUUUAUUUCUGUAUCGUUUGAAUUUUUUUAC